AUGAUGUUGUUGUUAACAUUAGUAUUGGUGUUGUUGCUGCAAUUAUUAACAUUAUUGUUGGUGUUGUGGUCAUGGUCGUUGGCAUCUCUAACAUGGUUAACAUUGUUGUUGGUAGUAACAUGGUUGUUGUUGUUGCCCUGCGUCAGACAUCUUUGGAGGGAUCCAGACGAGGCCGUAGCCACCUCUGUCUCCGACCUUCUAUCCAAUCCGAAUACUAUUUUAAUGGGUGACCUGAAUGCUCACGACUCCAACAUUCAGGACGCGCGAGGUGAAGCACUGGCAGUCGAGAUCGAUGACUCUGAUUGCGGUUCGUUAAAUCUUGAUUCUCCGACCCGUCUCCCCAACAACAGCCAGCCAACUUCUCCUGAUGUCUCGAUAGCAUCAGAUUCCCUGAUAUCUUCUAUGGACUGGCGCUCAAACCUGGGAGGCAGAGCCGCCCAGGGUUCGUUCCAGUUAGUCGUUUGUAAAGUGAACCUGAGUGGCAAGCUUGCAAAGAAGAAGGAGGUAUUCGUAAGUAAGUGUAGAGUUUGGAAAUUGAAGGAGGAGGAGCCACGUCGUGUCUUUCAGGAAAAGAUUCAAGAAAAAGCAGAUUUGAGAAGCGAUAGAUAUGUGGAAAGCAUAACUAAGGACCAGCCGAGACACAGAGAAUCAUGGUGGUGGAGCGAGGAGGUUGGGAAGAUUAUAGAGGCAAAGAGAAAGUUGUAUAGGAUAUGGAAGAAGACCAAGAAGGAGGAGGACAGGAUCUUGUAUUGCUCAGUUAAGCGAGGGGCAAAAAGACCAGUUUACAUGGCUCAGUCGGAGGAGCAAAAGAAAUGUUUUGGUGUAAGCUGUGUCAAAUGGUCGGAUGGUAAACUACUCACGGCUAAAGAUAAUGUGAAAGAGAGGUGGAAAGUUUAUUUUGAAAAGCUGUUAAAUGAAGAGUUUGAAUGGGAUAAGGAUGGUUUGCCUAUGGUGAAUAUGGUGAGUGGUCCUCUAGAGGUUAUAACCUACAGUGAUGUGAAGUUUGCUAUUUCCAAGGCCAUGUCAGGAAAGGCUGCUUGUUCAUCAGUUCUGGUAGUGGAGAUGCUAAGAGCUUCAGGGAAUGUAGGUGUCCAGUGGGCAACAGAUCUUUGUAACGCAAUAGUUCGCGAAGGCAAAGUUCCUAAUGUUUGGAAGAAAAGCUAG